CAGUUACGAGCAAUACGCCCAAUUCAACAUUUAAUUAAAUAUAUAUAGAAGAUGAAAAGAGUAAGUUGGGGUUAGUCUAUCUUUCUCAUAGAUAUUAGUUCUUCAAAAGGUUUUAUGCAGAUCGAUCCGCAGGAAGAACAACAACCGACGCAACCCCUAAUUAUUAUUUUCACCCUCUUCUCUCUCAGGUGACUAUACAAAUCCUUUCCUAGCAGAAAUCCUUGCCAAAAAAUAGAAGAAGAUAUGGAAGAAGAGCUUCAAUUGCAAUAUAAAAGGGUGGUGCAAGAGGCCGCUUCCCUGAAAGAUGUUACAAAAGGAAUCUAUCAUCCAAUCAUUGUAGCAAUGAAAGGGCCUCCGUGCACAGAAAGGAGAUUAGUAGCCCUUUGGUUGGCAGCUUCGUUUAGAUGUUUCCUUCUUAAGGAGGAUGACUUUCACGAUUGUAUCAGCACAACCCAAGAAUUUUACCACAUGGUACCCCAAAUUGUUGAAUCCCAGCUCCAAUUUGGGCUCUCUAUUAUUAUUGAUUCUGAGCUCUCUGAUCAUUCCCAGUUUAGUCAACUGAAGGACGUGGCCAAAGCUAAUGAAACCCCACUGUUCAUUGUUGAAUGUAUAAUUCAGACGAAUGAGUUGAAAUUAUGUCGGAUUCAAGAAGAAGAAAAAGAAGACAUAGUUAUGGCGUAUGAUACGGGCGAUAUCCCCAAGUUUACAGCGGACAUUACAACAACUGGUGACAUUAGCAAGUGUGUCUCCGAGUUGCUGCAAUCGUUUGUUGCCCAUUUUAAACCGCCUGAUCGAAGUUCAAAAUGCAAUUGGCAUUUGGUUCGCUUUCAAGAUGAGCAGGAGAAGGAGAACUGCAAACAGUGCCAACAAAGUAUCUCAGCACCCUCUUAUAGAUGCAAACAUUGCGACUUAAUAUUUCAUAAGUCGUGCACUGACCUUCCACAAGAGUUUUCGAUAGAUAUGGAUAUAAACAACUACGUUUUGUCCCUUCGAUAUGCAGAUGAUGACCACAAUGAAGAUGUUAGGUGCAGCUGUUGUGAACAACUGAUCAAAGGAUAUUACUACGACGAUUGUGGUAUGAAGUUUGGUCAGCUUGACCUCGACUGCAUUUUUCUGCCCUUCAUACGCACAACAAAGUUUCACGAACACCCGCUGAUUCUUUUUUUCGCGCGCGAGGAUUAUAAAUGUGGUGCAUGUGGGAUUGAUUCCAAGAAAAGGCCUCGCUACACUUGCUGGAUAUGUCAGUAUGAUAAGUACAUAACGAUAGAUCCACAUUGUGCUUUGUCACCAGAGACAGCAGAGUAUGAAGGCCAUCGACAUCCCUUCGAGCUCACUGUCUCUCCAGUAUAGGAACAGGAUGAUUCUGGUAAACCGGUUUACUGUGAUUUCUGUACGGAAGAAAGAGACCCAAAUUACUGGAUGUACUGCUGCGCUGAGAACUGUUAUACUGCUCAUCUCCGCUGUCUCGUUCCAGCAGAAAAGGUUUGGCCUCGUCUGGAUAUAGUAGAUCAUGUGAUUGUAGAAAUAUAAUCUUCAAGAACUUUAGUUGGCAAUUGCAUUCGAGGUUAGGCUGUUAAAGCUUUUUAUGGGUUUAGUAUUUAACGAAGCGCAUUUUAAUGACAUAUGCAUUCAACUUUC